CUCGCUUUUACGACGGUGUUUGGCGACGCUUUGCGGCAGGCUAGAGGCCUGAGGGGAAGCGGCGGGGCCGGUGUCGGUACCGGGGUCGGUACCGGUGUCAGUACCGGUGUCACGGCAGGAUGAAGCUGACCACGCAGGCCUAUUGUAAGAUGGUGCUGCACAGCGCCAAGUACCCGCACUGCGCCGUGAACGGGCUGCUGGUGGCCGAGCGGCCGUCGGGAGCCCCGCGCCGGGACCAGGCCGGGCCCCCGUCGCUCUUCGUGGACUGCAUCCCGCUGUUCCACGGCACCCUGGCGCUGGCUCCCAUGUUGGAGGUAGCGCUCACGCUGAUUGACUCUUGGUGCAAAGAGAAUAGCUACGUGAUAGCUGGAUAUUACCAGGCAAACGAACGCGUGAAAGAUGCCAGCCCAAACCAGGUUGCAGAAAAGGUGGCCUCCAGAAUUGCAGAGGGCUUUAAUGAUACAGCACUCAUAAUGGUCGAUAACACCAAGUUUACGAUGGAGUGUGUAGAGCCUGCCAUUCACGUGUAUGAGCUUCAUGAGAACAAGUGGAGGUGCAAGGACCCACAUGUUGAUUUUUGUGAAGAUUGGACCGAAGCCCAGAGAAUCGCUGCAUCUCUCUUGGACAGCAAGUCCUACGAGACACUGGUAGAUUUCGAUAAUCACCUGGAUGAUAUCCGGAAUGACUGGACAAACCCAGAGAUCAACAAAGCUGUCCUCCAUCUGUGCUAGAGGGGUUUCUACCAACUAACUUACAGGCGUUCCCACUCUGUACUGAAGAGAGAAAAGUGCUAUUUUUAAGUGUAAAUAGAAUAAUACUCAGUAACUUGUGUGGAAACCUGAUUGAAAAGCAGUGGCAUGUCACGUUGCAGGGUGAUGUGUCCGUAAGCUGUUGAAUCCUUUUUGCAAGAUUCCUUGAAGAACUGCAAACUGUCAGUUACUGCUGUCCUUAUGGAUGCCUUCCCAGUUGUAGUGAAUGUUGCUCUUCCUUCAGAACCAAAACUACUACUGCUUGUCCCUACUGUUCAUAAUACAGAGUUUUGACUAAGCUUUUCUAAUCUGUAGAGAGGUUACUUUUCAAUGAUUUAUAGAAAUACCUUCCAAGGAAAAUUAGUCCUGUCCUCAGAUGGGAAAAUUUAAGGUCAGAUAUGUAAGGUUAACGGUUGGAAGUUUAGUUCUUUUGACACAGUAAAAUGCAAACUGCUGAGGACAACAUACCAUGCUCAUGUGUUAACUGUUCUGCAGUGGUUUAGCAUGACACAGCUACUACCAAGAAUGUGUUAAAGCAGCAUUCCCAAACACUAUGGUGAUUCCUGCUCUCCAUGGGCAUACAGCCACAGAUAUUGCUUGAAUAUGUUAAACCCAGUGUAAAAAUCAAAUGUUCACCUAGUGAUGUGUAAAAAGGUCUGGAAGUGAACUAAUGAGUUCUGAACCAGUUUGAAUCUACAAAAGAAGAGUGAAGUACCUUAUUAAUUGUAUGCAGUCUUGUUGGGAUUUAUAAACUGAUCUCAUUUUCAGCUGGUUCACAUGCUGUCCAUUUAAGUAGGUCUGAAUUGUGUCCCUCCAAGUUGAAGGCAAGUGAUCUAAAUACAUUGAAUCAAGGAGCCUAGGUACAGUCCUUGUUCAGCUUCUGUUUCUCUAAUUAAUGCUUGUUUUAUACUAAAAGGUUUAAUGAAGCUUCAUGUAAGACUGGCACAGUUCUUGUUGCCUUACUCUUCAUCAUUGUUUGUCAGACUAGUUAAACAUAAGCUCAGCCUGCAUCAGUUUCUCUGGGUUUCCUUCUCUUCCUACCCAAAAGUGGAAGAUACAAACGAUCUGCCUCUCUCCAAGUUCUUGCCUUUUCCUUAGUGUUCUGAUUUUGAAACGUGAAGGGUGGGAUUGUCAAAACCUCUUGGUCUACUUCUGCUCCUACUUAAAUAAGCACAAGUUUUACUCUUGGUAGUGAGAAGUAAGGCAUAAGGCUAAAAUCCUGUUCUGAAGCAGUGAAUAGAAUCAGGAUGCUUCCAUCUAGGUGCUGCUCUGCUGUUCCCUGCAGUUCUGAUUCCACAAAACUGUGAGGUGAGAUGUGAGGUUCAGGUCCAUAUCCAAGAGGGAAGUGAAAAGUUGAACGGUUGGGUUUGUCUCCCUCCCUAAAGUGUGUUAAUAAAAGGGUUGGCACUUAGUCAACAGCUUUUCCUGAGCAUAAGUCAGAUAUGGUUGUGGGAAGGGAAAAUGUUUUCACCUGUUGAACGAGAACAUAUAUCUAGCUCACAAACAGGGAGAUAAACACAUUCCAGUGGCUGUUUUCACUGCACAUCCAUGGCUGUAUGAAAAGAUACCCUGGGAACAAGAAUGCUCUGAAAUGUAUGUUUGGAUCUGGCUCUGCAGGCAGAGGACUGUUGGCUUACUUUCUACAAACACCCCCUGAAAUCUAACCUAUUGUUCCAGAGGCAGAUGUUAUCUUAGGGAGAUGCAGUACCUUAGUUAUGGGAGAUUGUCAGUCAGCACUGCCAUAUAACCUGUUAUGUCUCCUGAGCCACAGGAAAUGUAUUUCUUUGUAACUCCGUGUCAUAUUCUGUCUUUGAUCAUAUAUAUGGUAAUACAGUUUAAAUCUUGCCUUUCUCCCCCGAAAUGUAUAUCAUCGCUCUGUAACCCGAUGGAAACACUCCCUGUGACUAACAAUGAGACACGUUUCUGGAAGA